AUGAAUGGAUACACGGAAUUUCCCCAGCCCAGUAACCCCACCAAGGAGCCCAUGGAGCCCCAGCCCAGCCAGGUCCCACUUCAGGAAGAUGUGGACAUGAGCAGUGGCUCAAGUGGACAUGAGACCAACGAAAACUGCUCCACGGGGCGGGACUCGCAGGGCAGUGACUGUGACGACAGCGGGAAGGAGCUGGGGAUGCUGGUGGAGCCACCGGAUGCCCACCAGAGUCCAGAUGCCUUUAGCCUGAUGAUUACAAAAUCUGAACACAACCCAUCUACAAGUGGCUGCAGCAGCGACCAGUCUUCGAAAGUGGACACACACAAAGAACUGAUAAAAACACUAAAGGAGCUGAAGGUUCACCUCCCUGCAGACAAGAAGGCCAAGGGCAAAGCUAGUACGCUGGCCACCCUGAAGUACGCCCUCAGGAGCGUGAAGCAGGUGAAAGCCAACGAAGAGUAUUACCAGCUGCUGAUGUCCAGCGAGGGUCACCCCUGUGGAUCAGACGUGCCCUCCUACACGGUGGAGGAGAUGGAGAGCGUUACCUCUGAGCACAUUGUGAAGAAUGCCGAUAUGUUUGCUGUGGCCGUGUCCCUGGUGUCUGGGAAGAUCCUGUACAUCUCUGACCAGGUUGCAUCCAUAUUUCACUAUAAAAGAGAUGCCUUCAGCGACGCCAAGUUUGUGGAGUUCCUGGCGCCUCAUGAUGUGGGUGUGUUCCACAGCUUCACUUCCCCGUACAAGCUUCCCUUGUGGAGCGUGUGCAGUGGAGCAGAUUCUUUUACUCAAGAAUGCAUGGAGGAGAAAUCUUUCUUUUGCCGUGUCAGUGUCGGGAAAAGCCACGAGAAUGAAAUCCGCUACCACCCCUUCCGCAUGACGCCCUACCUGGUCAAGGUGCGGGAGCAACAAGGUGCUGAGAAUCAGCUUUGCUGCCUUCUGCUGGCAGAGAGAGUGCACUCUGGUUAUGAAGCCCCUAGAAUACCUCCUGAAAAGAGAAUUUUUACAACCACCCAUACACCAAAUUGUUUGUUCCAGGAUGUGGAUGAAAGGGCAGUGCCUCUCCUGGGCUACCUACCUCAGGACCUGAUUGAGACCCCAGUGCUCGUGCAGCUCCACCCUAGUGACAGGCCCUUGAUGCUGGCCAUCCACAAAAAGAUUCUGCAGUCGGGCGGGCAGCCUUUCGACUACUCUCCCAUUCGGUUUCGCACCCAGAACGGGGAGUACAUCACGCUGGAUACCAGCUGGUCCAGCUUCAUCAACCCAUGGAGCAGGAAAAUCUCCUUCAUCAUUGGGAGGCACAAAGUCAGGAUGGGACCUUUGAAUGAGGACGUGUUUGCAGCCCACCCUUGCACAGAGGAGAAGGCCCUGCACCCCAGCAUUCAGGAGCUCACGGAGCAGAUCCACCGGCUCCUGCUGCAGCCCGUCCCCCACAGCGGCUCCAGCGGCUACGGGAGUCUGGGCAGCAACGGGUCCCACGAGCACCUCAUGAGCCAGACCUCCUCCAGCGACAGCAACGGCCAUGAGGACUCACACCGGAGGAGAGCCGAAAUUUAUAAAAAUGGUAACAAGACCAAAAAUAGAAGUCAUUAUUCUCAUGAAUCUGGAGAACAAAAGAAAAAAUCCGUUACAGAAAUGCGAACUAAUCCCCCAGCUGAGAUGAAAGCUGUCCCUGCUGUGGAAAAGGACAGCCUGGGGGCCAGCUUCCCCGAGGAGUUGGCCUGCAAGGACCAGCCCACCUGCUCCUACCAGCAGAUCAGCUGCUUGGACAGCGUCAUCAGGUACUUGGAGAGCUGCAAUGAGGCUGCCACCCUGAAGAGGAAAUGCGAGUUCCCAGCAAACGUCCCAACGCUAAGGUCCAGUGAUAAGCGGAAGGCCACAGUCAGCCCAGGGCCACAUGCCGGAGAGGCAGAGCCGCCCUCCAGGGUGAACAGCCGCACGGGAGUCAGCACGCACCUCACCUCGCUGGCACUGCCGGGCAAGGCAGAGAGCGUGGCGUCGCUCACCAGCCAGUGCAGCUACAGCAGCACCAUCGUCCAUGUGGGAGACAAGAAGCCGCAGCCAGAAUUAGAGAUGGUGGAAGAUGCUGUGAGUGGGCCAGAAUCCCUGGACUGCCUGGUGGGCCCUGCCCUGGCCUGUGGUCUCAGCCAAGAGAAGGAGCCCUUCAAGAAGCUGGGCCUCACCAAGGAGGUGCUCGCUGCACACACACAGAAGGAGGAGCAGAGCUUCUUGCAGAAGUUCAAAGAAAUAAGAAAACUCAGUAUUUUCCAGUCCCACUGCCAUUACUACUUACAAGAAAGAUCCAAGGGGCAGCCAAGUGAACAAACUGCCCCUGGACUAAGAAAUACUUCCGGAAUAGAUUCACCUUGGAGAAAACCAGGAAAGAACAGAAAACUGAAGUCCAAGCGGGUCAAACCUCGAGACUCGUCUGAGAGCACCGGAUCUGGGGGGCCUGUACCCGCCCGGCCCCCACUCGUGGGCUUGAACACCACAGCCUGGUCACCCUCGGACACAUCCCAGUCCAGCUGCCCGGCCGUGCCCUUUCCCGCCCCAGUGCCAGCUUAUUCCCUGCCGGUGUUUCCAGCGCCAGGGACUGUGGCGGCAACCCCCGCACCUCCCCAUGCCAGUUUCGCAGUGCCUGCUGUGCCUGUGGACCUCCAGCACCAGUUUGCAGUCCAGCCCCCACCUUUCCCUGCCCCUUUGGCCCCUGUCAUGGCAUUCAUGCUACCUGGUUAUUGCUUCCCCUCGGGGACCCCAAACCUGCCCCAGGCCUUCUUACCCAGUCAGCCUCAAUUUCCGAGCCACCCCACAGUCACAUCCGAGAUGGCCUCUGCCUCACAGCCCGAGUUCCCCAGCUGGACCUCGAUCCCCAGACAGCCAUGCGCUUGUCCAGCCACCCGGGCCACCCCACCAUCGGCCAUGGGUAGAGCCUCCCCGCCACUCUUCCAGUCCCGCAGCAGCUCGCCCCUGCAGCUCAACCUGCUGCAGCUGGAGGAAGCCCCUGAGGGCACUGGGGUCAUGGGGACCACAGGGGCCACAGAGACAGCAGCUGUGGGGGCGGACUGCAAACCUGGCACUUCUCGGGACCAGCAACUGAAGGCACCUCUGAGCCGUGACGAACCCUCAGACACGCAGAAUAGUGACGCCCUUUCCACGUCAAGCGGCCUCCUAAAUCUCCUGCUGAAUGAGGACCUCUGCUCAGCCUCGGGCUCUGCUGCUUCGGAGUCACUGGGCUCUGGCUCACUGGGCUGCGACACCUCCCCGAGUCGGGCAGGCAGUAGUGACACAAGUCAUACCAGCAAAUAUUUUGGAAGCGUUGACUCCUCAGAGAAUAAUCACAAAGCAAAAAUGAACACUGGUAUGGAAGAAAGUGAGCAUUUCAUUAAGUGCGUCCUGCAGGAUCCCAUCUGGCUGCUGAUGGCAGAUACGGACAGCAGCGUCAUGAUGACAUACCAGCUGCCUUCCCGCAAUGUAGAAGCAGUUUUGAAGGAGGACAGAGAGAAGCUGAGGCUCCUGCAGAAGCUCCAGCCCCGGUUCACGGCGAGUCAGAAGCAGGAGCUGCGCGAGGUGCACCAGUGGGUGCAGACGGGCGGCCUGCCCGCAGCCAUCGACGUGGCAGAAUGUGUUUACUGUGAAAACAAGGAAAAAGGUAAUAUUUGCCUACCAUAUGAGGAAGAUAUGCCUUCUCUGGGACUCAGCGAAGUGUCGGACACCAAAGACGACGAAAAUGGAUCCCCCGUGAAUCACAGGAUCGAGGAGCAGACGUAACCCCAGCCCCACCUCAGCCCGGCAGCCAGCAAGCUACACCAGGUGGUGCUUGGAAGGGAUGAAGGAUCUUCAUGGCUGUUUCCACUGAAAUGGACACAUAUGCUCAUGUUGCUUUUUUUGUUUUAGAAAAAAAAAAAAACAGUUUUCUGAAGGGGUGACUUAAAACUGUGGAGAGUGGGGAGGGUUUGGGAAGAAAAAUGUUUUUUUGUUUGUUUGUUUGUUUGUUUGUUUUCGAGACGGAGUCUCGC